CGAUAAAUGGUUGGUCGCAGAUAACCAGGCCCAAAAGACCACCGCCGCUGCAACUGAAAGCACUCAAAUGACAUAACACACCACCACCACCACCGGCACCACGCACCUCCAAUCGAUCGACCUCGCACACACCGCUGCUGCUGCUGUACAGCUACCUAUCUACCCUAUCCUACCUCAACCCGCCGUAGAGGCAGCCGGGACAGACAAUACAGACACACACCCAUCCAUCAUGUCCGUAACACUCCACACCACCCACGGCGACAUGAAGAUCGAAGUCUUCUGCGAGAGCGUUCCCAAGACCGCAGAGAACUUCCUCGCCCUCUGCGCCUCCUCCUACUACACCCCCACCCCCUUCCACCGUCUCAUCCCCGGAUUCAUGAUCCAAACCGGCGCCCCCCCCCUCACCCCCAAAGGCGGCACCUCCAUCUGGGGCACCGACUUCGAGGACGAGAUCCGCCCUUCCCUCCGCCACAACGCCGCUGGGAUCGUGAGUAUGGCGAACAAGGGGCCUGAUACGAAUAACAGCCAGUUUUUUAUCACCCUCGCGCCGGCGCCGCAUUUGGAUGGCGUGAAUACGGUGUUUGGACAUGUGGUGGGGGAAGAGGGGAUGGAGACGCUGAGGAAGUUGGGGGGGGUGGAGGUGGGGAGGAAGAAUAGGCCGGUGGAAGAUAUUAGGAUUGAGAGGGUUACGGUGCAUGCGAAUCCGUUAGCGGGGUGAGGGGAAGUGCUGGAAAGAUAGAUGGUUAUUUGAAAGGAAGGGAAGGAGGGGUCGGAGAGAAAAGGGGGAGGAUUCUAAGGGAGGGAGGGCCAAGAGAGGGGAAGGGAAAGGACAGCGGUUACCGAAAAGGCCGUGGGAAGAUUGCCGGCCAGUAUGAUAACCUCUGGAAUGGUGAUAGAGGAGUGUCUGGUGCAGAUAUCUGGUCCAGUUAUCUGGUCACAGUUAUUCACCAGGCACCAUAAGCACCCAGAGCCAUAUUCAGAUCCAAGGAGGCCAGUGAGAGGAUGCAGCAUAUACCCAAGCACCCACACAAAUCACCACAGAUCACCCCACCAACAAAUUUAGAAUACCUCAAUUAGCCUAUCUCAAAGUAGCAAAAACCUAGCUAAUACAACAAC